CGCCAUGUAUUAUGUACAGCAAAUAACACCGAACCAAACCAAACAAUUCAGACUCAACUUGGUAAAAGAGUUUGCUGAACUAUAACAGCAAGAAUAAAUAGUGAAUGACAAUAGUUUUAUAACAAAAGAUGUGAUUGAAUUUUCGAGGAAGAAUUUGUGGUCAAAGUUGUUUUGUUGGAAAAUGUAUUCGACGCCCGCAUCUCGUGUUCGUUUAUUAUAUAAAACCAUUUUGCGACUUCACAGAGGUUUGCCGACGGAGCUACAAGUGCUGGGAAACAAUUAUGUGCGUGAUGAGUUCAAGCGCCACAAGAAAUGCAAUGAAUCCGAAGCGAACAUUUUCAUGGUUGAAUGGACGAACUAUGCGGUGAAAUUGUCACAACAGAUGGGCUUGGGGGUGCAUGGUAAGCCAAAGGCUGAUAUUGGCGAGCACUUGAAUGUCGAAGAUUUGGAUAAAUUCAAAGAGGAUCAAAUCAUUCAAUUAUACGAACUUAUGAAAGCUGCAAAGGAAGAAGACGAUACAGCAUCAUCAACAGCCGCAACUAGGGGAUCCAAUGUGGAUAACGAUAAAAAUUCAUGAUAAUGAGUAGAACCAAGCAUUGUACUUGAGUAGAAUAACCAACAAAAAACAACAAACAAGAUUGUUACAAAAAUAACCAACGAAAUGCAAUUUAUUAAAAUAAAUUCGAGCGAAUGUUUGAAGCGAGAUAAAAGUGCAUAUGA